AUGCUGUGCCUGCUGCAGGUGCAUUUCAUCACCAAAGCUUCUCCCUUCCAGGUGUGUGCCCUCUCAUUGAAACCAUUGCCAAAUUUAACACUAUUUGAGGAGUUGAAACAAUCUAGGAAUCAAAAAGUACUUUCUGAUAUGAAGAAUGCCUUAAACAGAUUGACUCAAACAGCACCUGCCAGCAGAAGACAUAUAGUUCAGAUGGAGCUUGAUGGCUUCAGUCAGUUAUUUGAACAUUUCCUCUUUGAAGAAGCACAACACAUAAUCUGGGAUCGUAUAAGUGUUCUACCUAAAGAUGCUGUUCAAGAUUACUCAACAUUGCACUUACCAUCAUCAGAAAAAAUACAUCAGUUGCUCAGUAAACUGAUUGUUGUAAAGCUGAAUGGUGGACUUGGGACAUCAAUGGGUUGUGAGGGACCAAAAUCUGUUAUUACAGUCAGAAAUGACAUGAACUUCCUUGAUCUGACAGUGGAACAAAUACUAUACCUGAAUUCAACAUAUGGCACAAAUGUUCCAUUGGUGUUAAUGAACUCCUUUAACACUGAAAGUGAAACUCAAAAAAUGAUAGAAAAGUACAAAGGUUUGAAUGUGCAAAUACAUUGCUUUAAUCAGAGCUGUUACCCUCGAACAAAUGAAAGCUCAUUCCUUCCAGUUGCAGCAGACUGUGAUAUCAAAAGUAACAAGGAAGCGUGGUACCCCCCUGGUCAUGGAGAUUUUUAUGAAAGUUUCAGCAAUUCAGGGCUUCUUAAUCAGUUCAUUGAAGAGGGCCGCAAGUACUGUUUUAUAUCAAACAUUGACAAUUUAGGUGCUGAAGUUGAUCUGAAAAUUUUAAAUCUGAUGGACAGUGCGCAAAGUGUGCAUGGCGGAGAACUUGAGUUUUUAAUGGAGGUUACUGAGAAAACAAAGGCAGAUGUUAAGGGUGGUGCAUUAGUCAUUUAUGAAGAGAAGCUUCAGCUGCUUGAGACGGCACAAAUACCUAAAGAGCAUUUAGAAGACUUUAAAUCUAACCCAAUUUUUAAAUACUUCAACACAAAUAAUUUAUGGAUAAAGUUAAAUGCUGUGAAACGAAAUGUGGAAGAAAAGUGGCUAGAAAUGGAAGUCAUUGUUAAUAAAAAGAAGAUGUCAAAUGGACUCCCUGUUAUACAGCUUGAGACAGCAGUGGGGGCUGCGAUGAAAUCUUUUGAUGGAAGCAAAGGAGUCAACGUUCCACGCCGUCGGUUUUUGCCAGUUAAAAAAACUUCGGAUCUGCUGCUGGUGAUGAGCAAUCUGUAUAAAUUGAAGAACGGAUCACUUUCAAUGAACCCUCUUCGAGGAAGUGACACGGUACCACUUGUCCACCUUUCUGAAGAGUAUUAUAAGGAGGUGAAGGACUUUCUCGCCAGAUUUCAAAAUAUCCCAGACAUUCUGGAAUUGGAAUUUCUAACAGUAUCUGGAAACGUUUAUUUUUCUAAAGGAGUAUCUUUAAAGGGUACAGUUAUAAUUUUUGGUAAUGGUAGCAACAAAGUCUGCAUUCCACCAAACGCUAUGUUACAAAACAAAAUAGUCAAAGGUGCCUUAAAUAUUUCUGAUUUUUAA